UUUUUUUUAAACUCUUACCUUAGUUACAACUCUAAGACAGAGAAGGGCAAGGGCUAGGCAAAUGAAGUUAAGUCACAUUGCUGGGAAGUGUCUGAGGUUACAUUUGAAUCCAGAACCUUCUGACUCCAAGCCUGGCACUCUAUCCAGUGAGCCACUUAUUGGUCUAAUUCUAAAUCCAGGAUCUUCUAACUUCAGAUUCAGUACUGUUAUCCCAUACUGCACAAUAUCUAGUUUUAUUUACUCCUCUGACCUUUCUUCUUAUCUUCUUCCGGUCACCCCUUCCCCCACCCUCCCAUUCAGGAAUGUUAGAACAACCUUCUAAUUAGUCUCCCUACUUCCAUUCUCUCCAAUCUCCUUUCACAAUCCGUUGAUGUGAUAUUCAUAAUGCAAAGGACUAACAAGCUUACCCCUUAAAAAAUAGAGUUUUGAAUAAAAUUUUCCAGAUUCCACUUCCAAACCAUCUACUUUGCUAGUCCUAGUUUACUCUUCUCUCUCUUAUACACUCUGCUUAAACCAUGUUGGAUUCUGAGCCCUCCCUGCCCUAAUUCUUCCAGCUGCUGCAUGUUCCCAUUCUUUACGUGCCCUCCUCACAGAUCUUUCAGGACGUUUAUUCUUAUUCUUCUGGCUCCUCCGACGCUCCGUAGGGUGUCGUCAUCGCGGUGCGACGGCCGGAAGUCUCUUGGCCCAGCCCGGCCGCCCCUGCUUCCGCGCGUUUUUCCGAGGCCGGACAGCUGGAGAACCUCCAUACACCCCUCCCUCCACCUUUUGUGUACCGUGAUGGACGAGCCCGGGGAAUCGUCACUCGAGAAGGCCGGAGAGAGUUCCGCGUCGGACGAGGUGCCGGGCGUUGCUGUUCCUGCUGCCGCUGCUCCUGCCGCCGCCGUCACUGCCACCACCACCGCCACCACCACCCCUACUACCCCUACCCCUGAGCAAGCCCCAGGACCUGCCGCGCUGACUGACACUGCCCCGGAGGAUACGAACGGGGAGGGGAACGGGGACCCGGAGGAGGCUGCGACCGAAGACGCCACGGAGCUUAAAGGCCAAGAAGCCUCAGAUUUAAUAGAAACAGGGAGAGAGGACUCGUCAUUACUUGCUUCCGCAGCCAAGAAAAUGAGGAUAGAAACUAAAGAGAGGAAAGAGAAAAAGCAUGAAGUUGAUGAAGAUGAAAUUCAGAAGAUGCAAAUUCUGGUUUCAUCCUUUUCUGAAGAACAGCUAAACCGUUACGAAAUGUACCGUCGAUCUGCAUUCCCUAAGGCCGCUAUUAAACGGCUGAUUCAGUCUAUCACUGGCACCUCAGUCUCUCAGAAUGUCGUUAUUGCUAUGUCCGGCAUUUCUAAGGUAUUCGUCGGGGAAGUGGUGGAAGAAGCUUUGGAUGUGUGUGAGAAAUGGGGAGAGCUACCACCACUACAACCCAAACACAUGCGGGAGGCUGUUCGAAGGCUGAAGUCCCGAGGGCAGAUUCCUAACUCAAAACACAAAAAAAUCAUCUUUCAUUAGGUCUAAAGAACUUCUAAGGUUUACUACUGAAAACAGAAGGAAUGACUUUCAUAUUUCCUCUCACUGAGGCAUUGUGUACUGUUGUUCAGAUGUCCCAGACCUCUAAGGACAGUGUGAUACAACAUCUGACCCCAAAUCUUCAAGACCAAAGUUAUCUGAUAGAGAAAAGCUUAACUACUUCCAGAUUUGCCUCCUGUCAAUGUAGGACCAUUUAGUUCAGGUUGUGAUUGAUAGCAAUGUGAUUAGUUGGUAAACUGAAAAGGGGAAAUGUUCUUUAUAGAUCUCUUGUACAGAGUGUACAAAACUUCUGUUUUCAAAUGGGUAAAACUCUUCCAAGGAUCAACUUUUUUGAUUAAUCAUUAGUAUCUUAUUUUGCAAGUUUCACAUUGGAACCCUAAACUGCUACUAUCAGGGAUUCAUGUUUGAUUUGACAUUAACAGGCCAGAAAUUUGUCACUUGUAAAAUUUGAUAGUUUGGUUUAUAAUGUUAGCAAAUGGUGGAAUGACAUAAUCCUUUUAUUGCCUUGUAAAAACUAAUUAUCAUGUGGUUUUUGGUGUAUGAUCAUUAAACUAUUUUUUAACUUGGCAAAAA